UGCUUGCAAUCGCCCCCCUCUAACUUACAAUUGGUAUCGUCCAAAGAUGGCAGCCUCCGUGUUGAGAAGAUGCAUGACUGCUGCUGUCAAAGUUAAACGUUUCUCUCCGUCUGUGUCAGCCAGAAGAUGUUUACUGUCAUCAGCUUAUUCAGACACUACGCUGUGGGAAGCAAGAGAAAAGGACCCACAGAAUUUGGCUUUGCUGGCCAACAACAUGGACAGAUUAUAUGACAGGAAUCUUCCUGUUAGCUCUCUGACUGUCUCACAGUUUGUAGACAAUAUAUCAUGCCAAGAGGAGGUGGACCAAGCCGAGUACUACCUUUACAAGUUCCGUCACAGUCCAAAUUGUUGGUACCUUCGAGACUGGACCGUUCAUAGUUGGAUCAGGCAGUGUCUGAAAUACGGUGCCAGAGACAAGGCCCUGCACACGCUACAAAACAAGGUCCAGUAUGGAAUCUUCCCAGACAACUUCACUUUCAACCUGCUCAUCGAUUCUUUCCUGAAGGACAAAGACUACAAGAGUGCGUCCUCCGUGGUGGAGGAGGUGAUGCUCCAAGAAGCCUUUGACCUUGAGUCCACGCAGGUCCUGUCUCUCUAUACGCUGGCCAGUUACCUCGCAAGCAGACCUCAACUCACUGUGUCGCAGGAGCGAGCGCUGGGCGCCUCGCUGCUUAUCUGUGGCCUCAAGCAAGACAACAGCGUAGGCCUCACAGCUAGCUUCUUGGGAAACCUUCUGCUAGGCAAGGUAGAGAUGCAGGAGGGCAUCCAUGCUGUGUUCAAAGGCAUGCCCCUCUUUUGGGAACGAGGAUAUAUGAGUCGAGCACUGGCCGUCAUGGAGAGUGUUGCCGCCUCGCCCGCUGACGUCAAACUGUCCAAAGACUCGUUGGUUUAUCUAGAGGCCGCGCUGCACGAAUUGUCCUCCACCUCGUCCGACUCUUCUGAUUCGUCUGGAGAGGAGUCAUCAGAGGAGGAAGAGCGGAAGGAAGUUGAUGAAGAAGACCAGGCGGCGAGAGAAAAGCUUUCUGAAUACGAGAGCAAAUUGAAGGCGAUGGGCAGCCAGCUGGAGACUCAGGGAAAAGUUGACACGGCCGACUUUCAGACGUUGGCAACUGGUCUGGCCCAGCAACUUCUGCCCUCGGUGGAGAGACCAGACCUGGAUCAGUAUCAGACUCUGCUGGUGGCCUGGGAGGCCGAGAGGAAGCAGCUGAUCCAGAGGGAGCAGGAGAACAGGAAGAAGGCCCAAAAGGAGAAGGAGGAGCGACUCGCUGCCAAAGCGGCACUCCAGCAGGAGGCUUAAAGGUUCCUCACUGCAGCUAUCACUUAGUCUGUUAAUAUUGUACAUGUUUCUUUUUUGGGUUAAGUCCAGCAUUCAAAGCAAAUGGCUUCACUUGUGCAAGUCUCGUCAUGUGAACUUUUGUGAUUAAAGAAGGACGGAAUGUUGUGAUCACAUCCUCCCAUUCCUA